CUCUACACCCGAUUGGUGGAACAAAUGACACCCAAAUGUUCAAUCACCACGCAAUGUAUUUGUGUUUUGUAUCGUCUCCAUCUCAAACAGCACUGUGUGUGGUGUCAGACACAACUAUAACCCAGCAGGAAAGUUUGACAUCCCAUCAGAAUGUCAGAUACAGAGACACAGGACGCUCCUGGUUACGAUGCGUCCUCUCCACCACCGUUAUACUCCUACCAAGGACAGCAACCUCCACCCUACUCUGCCGCCCCGGCAAUGUACCCUCCACCCAAAAUAGAUGCAACGUACGCACAUCAGCCUACCACUGGGUACGAGUCUUUCCGGGACAUCAUCCCAGAGGCCUCGUCGGACACAACUCCCCUGAUAGCCUCAUCUUCUUUUAAUGACAAGACAGUGAGAAGAGCGUUUGUUAGAAAGGUGUUCAGCAUCCUGACUCUCCAGCUGCUGUUCACCUUCGGCGUGGUGUGUGUGUUCACCUUCUCCAGUGUGAUCAAAGAAGCGGUGCAGGCCAACAUGGGGGUCUACCUCAGCUCUGUCAUCAUUUUCUUCGUGGUCGCCACCGCCCUCAGCUUCUGCGAGUCCUUCAGUCGCCGUCACCCCUGGAACAUCGUGGGACUGGCUGUGGUCACCCUGAGCUUGUCAUACAUGGUGGGAACCACCGCCUCCUUCUACAACACCACGGCUGUGGUUAUCACCAUGGGAGCCACGCUGGCCAUUUCUGUCGCAAUCAUUGCAUUCUCUGCACAGACUCGUUAUGAUUUCACUAUUUGCUACGGCGUUCUGCUGAUUUUGGUUGUGGACAUGAUCAUGUUUGGAUUCUUCUGCACCUUCUACUACUCCUACAUCACUGAUAUCCUCUACGGAUGUCUGGGUGCUCUGCUGUAUUCACUGUUCCUGAUGGUCGACUGUCAGCUGAUGAUGGGGAUGAUGAGCUACCGUCUGGAUCCAGAGGAAUACAUCAACGCUGCUCUCAUGCUCUACCUGGACAUUGUCCUCAUCUUCCUCUACCUGCUGGGGAGGAGGUGAAACUGUAUACACUAAAUACGUUCACACACACACACACACACACACACGCACAUACGCACACACACACAC